CAGCCUAUAGAACGAGGGGGACUCGCGCGCUCACUCCUCCUCCUCUCAGUCUCCCUCUCCUGGUCGUUCAGCACCGCGCGCAGCUGAACAGCGGCAUGGCGCCCAGCAGCAGGGCGGCGGAGGUGCGCGAGCGGCUUCCUUACUGAAAAACACCGAGCUUCUUCUCUCUCUUCUCUCCCCGGAGGGUCUCACUAAAGGCCCCCGCUAGCUCCAGACCACCCUCGCCGCUGGUCGGAGCGGUGACAGCGGAUACUCCCUCUCCUCCUCCCCGCUCCGGUCCACCGGUGUUCGGCUCCGCUGCGCAUCGGAGGAGAUGAAUCUGAUCGUGUUGUUGUCGCGAGAGGCGAUCGCGAGGGCUUCGGAGACGUGAGGAAACACGCGGACGUCCUUUCAAGGGUUUAAAGCGCCGUGAACAUCUGCACGUGAAGGUGGCGGCAGGCUGUGGCUACCUCUGGGUCACCUGUAGCUACUGACGCGUGCGCGCUCGCGCUUCGGGAGAACUGUGCGUUUUAAAGGGCUAAAAGCAACAUAGCAACAUAACCGAGAAGCAUUUACCCACAGUGACUCCCUCCCUCAGCACCCUCAAAGCCGCUGUCUGGAACCCCCUGUCCAGCCCCUCACUGACCAAGCCGAGGGGGGCAGGGUUGGAGAAAAUCCCCAAGCGCUUGAGGAAGAACCACUGAGAGGAACCAAGACUCAAAAAGAGAAAAAAAUCCCGCAAGGCAUGAGGAAGAACCACAGAGGAACCAAGACGCAGAACGAGAAACUCCCUGGGAACAUGAGGAAGAACCACUGACAAGCCAAGACUCAGAAGGAGAAACUCCCUGAGAACAUGAGGAAGAACCACUGAGGAACCAAGACUCAGAAGGAGAAACUCCCUGGGAACAUGAGGAAGAGCCACUGAGAUUAAUCAAGACUGAGAAUGAGAAACUCCUUGUGAACAUGAGGAAGAACCACUGAGAGGAAGCAAGACUCAGAAGGAGAAACUCUCUAAAAAUGUAAAGAAAAACCACUGUGGAACCAUGACCCAAAAGAUGAAACUCUUAGCAAGUGAGGAAGAACCUCUGAGGAAGUAAGACUAAGAAGGUGAAAUUCCUAGAGGAAAAAAUACUGAAAGGAACCAAGACUCAAAAGCAUGAAGAAAAGCCAUGUAGAAGGAAUGGAGAUACUCCCUAAGACAAUGAGGAAGAACCAAUGAAAGGAAUAAGUGCUCAGAAGAGAAACUUCCUAUGAGCAUGAGGAAGAAUCUCUAAGGAACCAAGGCUCGGAAUGAGAAACUCCUUAAAAGCAUGAGGACCAACCGCUGAGAGGAACGAAAAUUCAGAAGGAGAAACUCCCUAAGACAAUGAGGAAAAACCACUGAAAACAACCAACACGCAAAAAGAGAAAAAUCCCCUAACACAUGAGAAAGAACCAAUGAGGAACCAUGAUUCAGUAGGAAAAACUUUCUAUAACCAUGAGGAAGAACCAUUAAAAGAAUCAAUACCCAAAAGAAAUGAAUCCCCAAAGGCAUCAGAAAGAACUACUGAGAGGGAACAAGACUCAAAAGGAGAAUCUCCCUAAGAGCAUUAGGAAGAACCCCUGAGGAACCAAGACUUAGAAGGAGAAACUCCCCAAAAGCAUGAAGAAAAACUAAUGAGAGGAACCAAAGCUAAAAAAAAACUUAUUAGGACAAAUCAUUGAGAAGAACCAAGACUGAAAAGGAGACAUUUUCCAAGAUCAUGAGAAAGAACCACUGAGAGCAACCAAGACUGAAAAGGAAAGGCUCUGGUAGAUCAUGAGGAAGAACCACUGAGAGAAACCAAGACUCAAAAGGAAAGGCUCUGGCAGAGCAUGAGGAAGAAUCACUGAGAGGAACCAAGAAUCUAAAAAGGAAUCAAGAGAGGAAAACCUUGAAGAGCUUGAGAAAGAACCACUGAGAGGAACCUACGCCUACAAAAAAAAACUACAGAGGAACCAAGACUUAAAAGGAAAGGCUCUUGGGGAGCAUGAAGACAAAUUACUAAGAGGAACCAAGAAUCACAAGAGGCAAAACUCUUGAUGAGCAUGAGGAAGAACCACUAAGAGGAACCUGGGCUGAAAAAGGAGAACUCAUCCUCCUCAGAUCAACUCCAGAUGAUGGAGUGACAUCAGGCUGAUGCGGUUCCACUGGCCCAUGUGAAAGCAAUCCAAACCCCUCGUCCACCAUGGGCUGCAUCCAUAGCAUCGCAUGCAAGUCCCGCGUGAAGCGUGAGAACAUCGUGGUGUACGAUGUCACUGCCACCAUUGACCGCGGCCCCACAGCCAUCGAAGAAAACUCACCCAUAGUGUUGCGUUACAAGACGCCCUAUUUCAAAGCCUCGGCCCGAGUGGUGAUGCCCCCCAUCCCACGGAACGAGACCUGGGUGGUGGGGUGGAUACAGGCAUGCACUCACAUGCAGUUCCACAACUCCUACGGAGACAUUGGAAUGUCCAGUUGGGAGAUCCCAGAGCUGAGGGACAAUGUGGUGAGAGCCAUCAGCGACUCAGAUGGAGUGAGCUACCCAUGGUACGGCAACACCACAGAAACAGUGACACUCACGGGUCCGAUGGCCAAACCAUCACGCUUCACCGUCAGCAUGAACGACAACUUCUACCCGAGCGUGACGUGGGCGGUGCCAGUGAGCGAGAGCAACGCACCGCGGCUCACGUACAUCACACGGGACCAGAGCUUCACCACGUGGCUAGUGGCACUGAACCCGGCCACACGAGAGAAGAUCCUCCUGCAGACAGUCAAGUGGAGGAUGAGAGUGGAAAUCGCCGUCGAUCCCAACAUGCCUCUGGGCUCCAGGGCCAGUCUGGUGGGACCACCCCACCAGGACCAGCCCAAGGUUCUGACUCACAUGGAGCCCAUCCCUCCCAACGCCCUGGGAAAACCCAAUGCCAACGAUGCCCAGGUCCUCAUGUGGCGGCCUAAAAGGGGGACUCCACUGGUCGUGAUCCCCUCAAAGUAGAGAGGUGCUGGUCCCACUUUAUAUUAGGUGUCUCCAAUACCUGUGUAGUUACAUAUGAAUAUCAUAACUACUGAUGAUUUAGUCAGUGUUACAGAUGGAUUACAGAAAUACAGCCUAUGUAAUUACAGAAGUAUAUCUUCUACACAGGAACUUUCCUGUAGUGUACUGUUGAAGUUACACUUGUGGACAGUUCCUGUGUAGUUAUUAUGUAGGUAAUGUGUAAUAAUGGAGUGGUAAUAUAGACAUGGGAAUUAAUGCAACAUUUAAUUAAUGUCAUAAAAGUUACAUUUUAAUAUAAGGGCACGUCUGCUGUUCUGUCACAUUACAGGCUUGUUUAAAGCUGAAACUGGUUACAAUGUCACAACACUAGCAACAUAAAUGCUAGCUAAAUGUUAGGAAAGCUGGCUGUAAGUAACGCCUUCAUGUAAGUUUUUACAAACUUCCUUUUACUGCGGAAAAAAAAACCUUUUAAAAAAAACACUGUUCCAGUCUGAUUACCAAUGUAAUUACAUUUGUGUUAUUACCCUUGUGUAAUUACAUGAGAAUGAAUAGACUGUUAUAACUACUAAGGUACACUUAAAAAAAUAAUAAAAUAAAUUUAGACCCAUUUUGCCAACUGUGUUUACAGUGUGGAAUUAGACCUGCGCAUUUAACCCAUCCGUGCAGUGAAACACACUAGUGAACACACA